GGCGCGGCGCCGGGGGAGGGGGCCCAGGCUGAUGCCGCCCCUCGCCCUCCCCCAGGAGCAGCGUCCCCAGCACCCUCCUACUGGCCGCGCGCGCCCAUGGCUGACAAGCAGAUCAGCCUGCCCGCCAAGCUCAUCAAUGGCGGCAUCGCGGGGCUCAUCGGGGUCACCUGCGUGUUCCCCAUCGACCUGGCCAAGACGCGGCUGCAGAACCAGCAGAACGGACAGCGCAUGUACACCAGCAUGUCCGACUGCCUGGUCAAGACCAUCCGCUCCGAGGGCUACUUCGGGAUGUACCGGGGAGCGGCCGUGAACCUGACCCUCGUCACCCCGGAGAAGGCCAUCAAGCUGGCUGCCAACGACUUCUUCCGCCACCAGUUCUCCAAGGACGGGCAGAAGCUGACCCUGUUCAAGGAGAUGCUGGCGGGCUGCGGGGCGGGCACCUGCCAGGUGAUCGUCACCACCCCCAUGGAGAUGCUCAAGAUCCAACUGCAGGACGCGGGCCGCAUCGCCGCCCAGAGGAAGAUGCUGGCGGCGCAGGGGGGCGCGCAGCCGUCGGUGGAGGCCCCGGCCCCGCGGCCCACGGCCACGCAGCUGACGCGGGAACUGCUGCAGCGCCACGGCAUCGCCGGCCUCUACAAGGGCCUGGGGGCCACGCUGCUCAGGGACGUCCCCUUCUCCAUCGUCUACUUCCCCCUCUUUGCCAACCUGAACCGGCUGGGCCAGCCGGCAAGCGGGGAGAAGUCGCCCUUCUACGUGUCCUUCCUGGCCGGCUGUGCGGCGGGGAGUGCGGCAGCCGUGGCCGUGAACCCCUGCGACGUGGUCAAGACAAGGCUCCAGUCCCUGCAGCGCGGGGUCAACGAGGACACGUACUCCGGCUUCCUGGACUGCGCCAGGAAGAUCUGGCAGCGCGAGGGCCCAUCGGCCUUCCUGAAGGGCGCCUACUGCCGGGCCCUGGUCAUCGCGCCCCUCUUUGGCAUCGCGCAAGUGGUCUACUUCCUGGGCAUCGCCGAGACCCUCCUGGGGCUGGUGUAGGACCCCCAGCCCGGAGACCCCUGCUGCCCCCCCACAGCCGCACAGGACCAGGGCGGCCGGAGGGGCGGCUGCGAGGUCUUCUCAGCCCCACCCUGAGGACGGGGAGGGGGGAGCGGAGGAAGGGAAGGGGUGCGGAGCGCCCGCGCCCCCCUGGGAUCAGCGUGUUAUUCGUGUAGAAAAAAACAAAAUCUUACAUUCCUGGAGCGCCCCUCAGCUCUGCCGGGCCAAGCGCCCCAGGAUGGAGCUGGUCUCUGGGCUGGGGCCCACGCCCGGGCCGGACCCGCCCCGACACUACUGGCUCCUGACCCAAGGCUGACCCCGUGCGGGGGCCACACUCCGAUCAGAUCAGCCAGCCCCCUGCCCCUCUGCCCUCCAGGCCGUCCUGCCCUGCUCCCCCCCAGUCCCCCCUCCCCCCAUCCCCCCAAGCCAGCCCUGCCCAGGGUUGGACCCGCCCGCCCCUGUAAUGAGCCGAGAACCCCAGGCGGGCCCAGACUCUGGCCUGCGCCAGGCCUCCCCACGGUCCGCGGGCAUGGGGGUGAGUGCACGCGUGUGGGCACAUGCAUGUGUGUGUGGGAGCUGAGUGUAAGUACGCAUGUGACAGUUCGUCUGAGGGGGUGUGAGGGUGUGUGUGUGCUGGUUUGUGUGUGUAGAUGUUGUGUGUGUGUGAGGGUGCAUGUGGGCUGGUGUGUGUGUGUGAGGGUGCAUGUGGGUUGCAUGCCUGUGUGUGAGGGUGUGUGGAGGCUGGUGUGUGUGUGUGUGUGUGUGUGUGUGUGUGUGUGGAUGCUUAUGGGCUGGUGUGUGUGUGUGUGAGGGUGCGUGUGGGAUGGUGUGUGUGUGUGUGAGGUUGCGUGUGGGCUGCUGUGUGUGUGAGGGUGGGUGUGUGCGGGAUGCCUGUGUGUAUGAGAAUGUGUGGGGGCUGGUGUGUGUGUGAGGGUGCGUGUGGGAUGGUGUGUGUGUGUGUGAGGUGCACGUGGGCUGCUGUGUGUGUGAGGGUGGGUGUGUGGGGGAUGCCUGUGUGUAUGAGGAUGUGUGGGGGCUGGUGUGUGUGUGAGGGUGCGUGUGGGCUGGUUGUGUGUGUGUGAGGGUGCGUGUGGCCUGGUAUGUGUGUGUGGGCUGGUGCGUGUGGACCCAGCACCCUGCCUCCUGGACCGUGUCUUCACAUCCUGCAUCCGAGGCUUCGGGCCGGCCUCACAGAGAAUGAACCUCUCGGAGCCCCCUUCCGCGGACCCUCCGACCCCGUCCCGGAGCCCAGGGGAGGCCGGGCGUGAGACCAGCGGCUGGCCCCCUCCCCUGACCCCCCACCCCUUGUGAAUCGGUGGGCGCGCCCGCCUGCCCCUGUGAUCGUGUUGGUGAUGGACUGCCAUGCUGGUGCUGUGUCCCCUCCCAGCAACACUACCUGAGGCCCCGCCCGGGCCUCCCCGCCCCUCACGGUUCCCGGGAGCUGCCGCCUCCCGCCUCCUCGUACCUUGGAAGCUGCUGCUGCUGCUUACAGAAUUCUAUUUUUUUUCUUUGGAAGAGUUUUAAGAAGUUGUAAGUUUUUGUGUCUUGUCCUGUUCGGAGAUAAAUAAAUAUUCUAAGUAGA